AUGGACGGAACGCGUGCCUCAGAGGUUUUACCUUUACUAGAAGAACGCCUGGCAAUAUUACCAGGUGGACGUGAUCGUCGAGGUGGUCCUCUUUUAUUAUUUCCUACAACAUCAAGGAGAGAACGUACUAAAUCAGAAGAUUAUCGUCGGUUACUCCAGUAUCUUUUUGCUAUUUCUAAUGAUGAAGCUCGCUUUACGGUUAUUGUUGACAUGCGAGGAGGGACUUGGGACUCUGUAAAGCCGAUAUUAAAGGUUUUACACGAGUACUUUCAUCGCUCCGUUCAAGUUGCAUAUAUUAUAAAACCAGAUAACUUUUGGCAGAAGCAACGAACUUCUUUGGCAAAACAGAAGAAGUACAACUUUGAGGUAAACACAAUAAGCUUGGAAGCACUGACAACAGUCAUUGAUCCAUCUCAAUUAACCGCAGACUUGAAUGGAUCUUUCCAAUAUGACCAUGCUCAAUGGAUCAAUACACGUUUGGCUGUGGAAGAUUUUACUUGGCAAGCUGCAGAUUUACUUGAUCGUUUGGAUGAUCUUCAAGAAGAUCUUAGUCGUAAUGAUUUUGCGGACGACGUAAGUGGUGCUAAACAUGGUAUGGAUCUUCACAAUGAAAUGAGAAAAAAGAUAAUGAAAAUACCAGUUGAAGAAGUUGAAGUUGUAGGCCAACGAUUAUUGCAGCGAUUCAAUCAGGGUAUAAGCGGUACGUCCAGUGAUAGUGGUAGCAUUGAAGGAGGAGCAUCAGGUAGUGUCGAUUCUGAUGGCUGUGCAUUGGCAACUUUAGUCAUUCAGCAUUUGGAUUCUGUUCAUGCGGCACAACAGCAUCUACUUCAGCUUUGGCAUAUUAAGAAAACAAAACUAGAUCAUUGUUUACAACUUCGGAUGUUCGAACAAGAUUGUGAAUCAAUGUUUGAGUGGAUUUGUCGCCACAGAGAAAUUUUUCUUGCCAAUUACGUUGAGAUUGGUCGAUCUUUUCAACUAGCAAAGAAUCUUCAAGAAGAACAUAAACAUUUUACAUUGAGUUCAAUGAAUGUUUAUGUUACUAUAAAUAAAAUAUUAACAACAGCAGGAAGACUUAUAGAAAUGAAACACUAUGCUACCUUGCAUGUGAGAGCUGUAGCUAGUCGUUUAGAUCGUGCUUGGAAAGAAUUCGCUGCUGGACUUGAUGAACGUACUGCUGUUCUUAAUCUUAGUGUUGCUUUUCAUCACAAGGCCGAACAGUACGUUGACAGCGUAGCAGGAUGGAGUCAAGCAUGCGAGUCGACAAAUUUACCCAACGAAAUUGCAGUCCUUGAGUCUCAUAUACGACAACAUCAAACACUAUAUGAAGCCAUGUGUCAAGCAUAUACUGAGGUUUACAAUGCAUAUCAGGCCCUUUUGAGUGGUCUAGGUACUAUGCUACAAGUUUGUCACAGCUCAAGUUCCACUGGGGUCAUCAACAAUGAGAUUUUUCCCAGCGAAUAUGUACACAGUACCAGUAAGAAGCUUCUUUAUCAACUGGAUCAUCUUGUUCAAGUCUGUAAUCAGCCUCAAGGGAUUGACCACAACAGAAAACAUAGUCAAGAUGGCCAUGGAAUAGACAAUCGUGGUGGAAUGAGUGGAAAUCCAGCUGCGGAUUACAGUGAGGGUGCGUCACAUGUGCUUGCGGUUAUUCAUCGAAUUUUAAGCCAUCAUAGAGCUCUGGAAACUCGAUGGCAUGCUCGCAAAGUCAAAUUACAUCAACGACUUGCUUUAAGAUUAUUUCAAGAAGAUGUAAAACAAGUAUUAGAUUGGUUAACAAAUCAUGGUGAAGUUUUUAUCAGAAAAAAUACUGGAGUAGGAAGAAAUCUGCAAAAAGCCAGGGUAUAUCAAAAAAGUCAUGAACACUUUGAAAAUGUUGCUCAGAAUACUUAUACUAAUGCAACUAAAUUACUCACUGCUGCUGAAGAACUUGCGCAUACUGGAGAAUGUGCAGCUGAUGAAAUAUACGCAGUAGCUCAAGAAUUAGAACGACAUGUGAGUAAUUUUGCAACAAGGGUUGAGCAAAGGCGUCGUCGUUUACACCUAGCUGUUAUAUUUUAUACUCAUGAAAAAGAAUUAAGCGGCUGGGUAGAUGAAUUACGCCAAGAGUUACAACAAGAUGAAGUUGCAGAAAAUUUAGAAACAGCAGAAAGGCUUUUAGAUCAAUGUGCACAGCACAGAUCAUCUUGUCUUGAAGCUUGUACUUCAACAAUAGCACAAGGCGAGGCUCUUUUGCAAGAACUUCGAGAUUCGACUGAAACUUCAGAUACAACUGGAUCAGUAAGCGCAGUAGAAGCAGCUCUUGAUCGACUUGCAUUAUUACGUCAAGAAUUUGAGGAACUUUGGGCAACUCGUAAACUACGAUUAGAACUUUGUUUACGGUUGCGCGUGUUUGAGAGGGAUGCGCUUGAAGCAAGUGGACAACUUGAAAUGUGGGCUCAGGAGCUUCGAGGACCACCGAGAGAAGGUUCGCCUGAACAAUUGCUUCGUGUUCACAAUGAUGGAGUGGCUCAUAUGCAAAAUACUGCAUUUCAAGUUUUACAACAGGGUCAAGAACUUGCUCAAGUUUUAGAUCAAGCUGGAGUUUGUAUUAUGGCUGAUGGUCAACAUACCGCAACUGCUCGAGUUCAAGUUCUUUUAGAAUUUUUAAACGAACGAGAAAUGGAUGCUGAAGAUUUAGCAGAGAUCCGACGAGUACGAUUAGAACAAGCUGCUCAGUUAGUACAGCUUCAAAGUGAUGCUCAGCAUGUUGCUAAUUGGAUCAGAAAUGGUGAAGCUAUGCUCUUGGCAUCACUCAGAGUUCCAGAAAAUCUAUCAGAUGCAGAACAGUUACGCUUAGAACAUGAACAGUUUCAAGUAGCUAUUGAAAAAACUCACACUUCGGCUGUUCAAGUUAAACACAGAGCAGAUGCAUUAGUUGGUGCUAAUCACUAUGAUCCUAAAAGCAUUCGCGAAGUUGCUGAAGACGUAACAAAACGAUGGCAACAACUUGUCACUUGUGCUGAAGAGCGACAUAAACUUGUGACUGCUAGCAUUAAUUUUUAUAAGACAGCUGAACAAGUAAGAUCUGUAUUAGACAGUUUGGAACGUGAGUAUCGUCGUGAUGAAGAUUGGUGUUUUGGUGGAGAAAAAGGUAAUCAAGUACCAACGCUUGUUGGUAAACAUCAAGAACAAAAAGAAGCUUUUCUUAAAGCUUGUACACUUGUACGACGAACAGCUGAAACAUUUUUGAAGUAUACAAAUAGAAGCUUACAAUUUUAUAGCUAUAAAACUACCAGUGGUGGAUCUGAAAAUAAAGUUAAAAAUAUUCUUGAAGAAUUAUUGAGCAAAGAAAAUAAAGUAUUAGAACAUUGGACACAACGUAAAAAACGGCUUGAUCAUUGUCAUCAAUAUGUUCUAUUUGAACGUAGUGCUAAACAAGCCUUAGAAUGGAUACGUGAAACUGGUGAAUUGUACUUAGCUACACACACAAAUGUUGGAAAAAAUCGUCUAGAAAAUGAACAACUUCUUCAAGAACAUAACGAAUUUAAAGGUGCAGCAAAAGAAACGAGAGAACGAGUAAAAUUAUUAAUACAAUUGGCCGACAAUUUAGUUGAAAAAGGUCACGCUCACGCCACAGCCAUAAAACAAUCUGUUGCUGAAGUUGAUCAGCGUUAUAAAGAUUUCAGUAUGCGCAUGGAUUGUUACAAAACACAAAUUGAAGAUGACUUAGGAAUACAAUCUGAUGAUGGUCAAAAAGAUUUAUCAAUAGAUCGUAAUUCAGAUCCAUUACUUGAAGAAAAAAUCAAAGGAAAAGAUUUAAAAGAAUUGAAUGAAGAAAAACGACGUUCUGCUAGAAGAAAAGAAUUCAUUAUGGCUGAAUUAUUGCAAACUGAACGGACUUACGUCAAAGAUUUAGAGACGUGUAUUAGAUGUUUCUUGGAAGAAACACGAAAUGGACGUGGUAAUGUCCCACCAGGAUUACAAAGUCGUGAAUCAAUAAUAUUUAGUAAUAUGGAAGAGAUUUAUCAGUUUCAUAGUGAUAUAUUUUUACGUGAACUCGAAAAAUAUGAAACAAUGCCAGAGGAUGUUGGUCAUUGUUUUGUUACUUGGGCUGCUAAAUUUGAUAUGUACGUUACAUAUUGUAAAAAUAAACCCGAAAGUAAUCAAUUGUUGGUGGCUCACGGAGGGGUUUGGUUUGAAGAUUUACAAAGAAAACAUCGUGUUGAACAUCCAAUAGCUGCAUAUCUUAUAAAACCUGUACAGCGAAUCACUAAGUAUCAGUUACUGCUUAAAGAUUUGCAAGCUUGUUGUCAAGAAGGACAGGGUGAAAUAAAAGAUGGACUUGAAGUUAUGUUAAAUGUGCCUAAAAAAGCAAAUGAUGCCUUACAUUUAAGUUUACUUGAAGGCUGCGAUGUUAGAAUCGAUGCACUGGGGGAUGUAGUUUUACAAGAUUCUUUUACUGUUUGGGAUCCCAAACAACUUAUACGAAAAGGCAGAGAUCGUCAUAUUUUCCUUUUUGAAUUAUACCUUCUUUUCAGUAAAGAAGUUAAAGAUUCUACAGGAAAGGUCAAAUAUAUUUAUAAAAGUCGCUUAAUGACUUCAGAACUUGGUGUAACUGAGCAUAUUGAGGGUGAUGAAUGUAAAUUUGCUGUUUGGACUGGUCGUGCACCAACUAGUGAUACAAGAGUCGUAUUACGUGCUAAUUCAUUGGAGGCUAAACAAUUGUGGGUUAAACGUUUACGUGAAGUGAUACAAGAAACUUACUUCAGUUUAAGUAUGCCUAAAAGUCCUGCGAAAAAGAGUUCGAGUCAGCGAUCAAGUCGUGACUUGGAGGAAUGUGCAUCACUUGAUGACAGUGUAGAAAAUCUAGAUAGAAAUUCAUUAGCAUCUUUUGGAUCUACGAAUACAACUGAUUCUGAAAAAGCACGACGCAAGAUCUCUCUUCCAUGGUUUCGACAAGGUUCUGUAACACCACCACAUCCUACUCUCUCGCGACAACAUACUAUUGAUACACCUGGCUCAUUCCAGGCUAGACAGUUGCGUCGAAAUCCUUCCUUGGCUCAGACAGGAGUAACUGAAAUGACUUGGGUAGUAGCUGAUCAUGCAGCUACACCAGGUUCUAGAGAGCUGAGUGUGACAAAAGGUCAACAAGUAGAAGUGUUGGAGAACGGAAGUGUGCAUUCUGGAAGUAGUAGCAAUACCAGCGAAUGGACUUUAGUACGACUACCUUUAAUAGCAGGUCAAACCGAACCAGCAGCUGAAGGUUUAGUACCUACUAGUGCUCUUAAACAACCCCCGACAACAUCAUGUAAAACUUCACCGUCCAGAAAAACACCUUCUCAAACUAAUGUUACGAUUGCUCAACAGUCUGUCACUCUGGAUGAUGACACCGGUGGGAGUGACGGGAAUGGCUCAGCUAGUACAAGCUCACCAGGAAACAGGAGGCGUGGUUUUAGUGGAAGAAAAUGGUUACCACAACAAUUCCGUAAACUCAGUCAGGGUAAAGUUGAAAAAUCAGCAGAUCGACCAUCAGCGCUUAAAAAGACCGGUUCUGAUAAAAGAUUCAAGUUGCCAACCGGUGAUAAAUCUGGUCGUACAGUUUCUGAAGGUGAAGAAGAAGAAGAAGAAGUUGAAUGUGAUGACAGUGAAACGCCACCGUUCUUGGAGCAAAAUGGUGGAGAAGAUGCUGAAGAUGAUUUUGAACUACCGCCUCCUAUGAAACCCAUUACUGAACCAAUACUAGUAGCUGCCGGUAAUGGUCCGCCAGGUUCUACUGUUCCUGAAGAACUUCCUGGAAAGAGGACUACCGAGCGAUCAAUAAAAAGUUUGGAUGGCGCUACAACUGCUGACUUGGCAGAGAUCGAGCAAAUUGUCAAAGAAAGAAUGGAACAACAUACAGAAAAUCAAGAACGAAAUAGUUUGAUGAGAACACCAGGACGUCCACCGUCCACUGAUGAUAAUUACGCUAGCUUAAGUGGAUCGACUAUUUCUGAAGAAACUGAUCCCGAAGCUGCAGCACUUACAAAACGACAAUAUGUUAUCAGUGAAUUGGUUGAGACAGAACAAGUUUAUGUUAAUGAUCUUAAACAUAUUGUUGAGGGUUAUAUGCUUCCUAUGAGAGAUCCCGACAGCGAAAUACCUUUACCUGAGGAUCUUCGAGGGGGUAAAGAUAAGAUGAUAUUUGGGAAUAUUGAAGCAAUAUAUGAAUGGCACAGAGACUUCUUUCUUAAAGCACUUGAAAGUUGUUUAAAGCAACCUGAAGAGCUCGGUCCAUUGUUCAAGAAAUAUGAAAGGAAGUUACAUAUGUAUGUUGUCUAUUGUCAAAACAAACCGGUCUCGGAGUACAUUGUUUCUGAGCACAUAGAUACAUAUUUCGAAGAAUUGAGACAAAAGCUUGGACAUCGUUUACAACUUUGUGAUUUACUUAUAAAACCCGUUCAAAGAAUUACUAAGUAUCAGUUGUUACUUAAAGAAGCGUUACGGUUGACUGAAAAAACUCAAAGAAUAUCAGAGAUUGAAGGACUUCGUGCAGCAAUGCACGUAAUGCAAAUCAUUCCUAAAGCCGCUAAUGACAUGAUGGAUGUUGGGAGAUUACAAGGUUUUGAUGGGAAAAUAACAGCACAAGGCAAGCUUUUAUUGCAUGGGCCUUUAUUAGUUGCGGAGUUAUCAAGUUUGCCAGCACGAGGUCGUGAAUGGCAAGUUUUUCUAUUUGAGCAAAAUAUUAUUUUUAGUGAAGCGCUUGGCAAAAAAACUCAGUUCACAAACCCUGCCUAUGUAUACAAAGCUCACAUUCAGGUAAAUAAAUUGAGUCUAGAAAACCCACCAGAGGACCCCGAAAAAUUCACGAUUUGUUCAACGGAUCCGAGAAAACCCGGACUUGGUUUUGUAUGUAGUGUACCAGAUGAUAAUGGGCCUCGGAAACAGGAGUGGGUAGAUAAAAUCACAUCAAUUCUCCAAACCCAGCGUGACUUUCUUAAGGCGAUUCAAUCGCCAAUUGCCUAUCAAAAGGAACUUACCAAAGAUCCACUCCGUUCGAUGACCCCGGAACCAGUAACUCGUGCCGCAGUAUCAGUACCACCAAUGUUGACAGUACCUGGUGCAAGCAAUAAAGAGCGAAGUAGUGACCAUAGAAAAUCCCAAGGUAUUCAUCGAUCACACACAGGUGGUCUUGAAAAUUCACCACGAACUCCAUCACCAACCAAAAGUAAAUUGAAUUUCCUCGAGGGAUUUAGGAAUACUAUUACUCGGGCACGUUCACCAGUUCGCACAAAUUCCAUUCCGGUUACGCCAGGAUCACGCGUAAGACUUGUAGCAGAUUGGGGUAAGCUUCAUGCCGGUGAUGAGGUGGUUAUCUCGCAUCUAGAUGGUCCAGGAGUUGUUGUGUCACCGUUGGACGUAAAAGAAGAACUUUGGAUACCAGCAAGCCUCAUUCCGAACUCAUCCUUUAGUCGUGCUUGGUCGUUCCGUCCACGUAAACUUGAUAAUGAAAAACAUGUCAGUCCCCAGCGUAGUAUUAAUGAACGGAAAGUAUUUCCACCGAAGAUUACUCCAGGGAGUAUUUCAUCACCAGUAAAAGUUUCUGUUGGUGAGAUCGCCAGGCUGUCCGUCGAGGUUAUCAACUCUGAGGGUAUCCAAGUUACUUGGAAGAAGGAACAAAGUAACACCGAUAUUGUUCCAAAUGAUCGGUUUCAAGUUCAUCUAAGUCCCAGUCUUAUUUAUUUAGAAAUUGCUCGCUGUCGUAUUGAUGAUGCUGGAUUUUAUCAAUGUAGUAUUCAAUCAGAAAUGGGAUCGUGUUCUGCUAAAAUCUAUCUUAGUGUUACAGGUGGAAAUGGAGCUACAUGGGCCCAAAUUAUGAGUCCAACAAAAGUUAAAAUAGAUUGGGAAAAACGUGAUAUUGAACAAGGAACUCUAGAAUGUCGAACAAUACCUUCAACAAUGUGGAUGCCAAUUGUUGAAAAUGUUAAAAGUCCCCCAGUUAUACUCGAGCUUUCACCUGGCGCUUCCUAUAGCUUUAGAGUUGUAGAUAAAUGUGGUAAAAAUGGUACUUCACCAUCAACAGUUAUUACCUUGCCAGUAGAUGAAAGUAUAAGUUGGGAAGUUGAACAAUUUGUCGGAAGAUAUUUGGAGCUAGAUGAACUUGGCAAGGGUCGGUAUGCCGUUGUAAGACGUGCAAGAGAUAGAGGAACUGGUCAAGAAGUGGCUCUUAAACAAACUCCCAGACACAAACAAUCAAGAUUACUAACUAGGGCUGAGUACGACUUACUUGCUUCUACGCACCAUGGUAAUAUCAUUCGUGCUUUUGCACUCUUUGAAAAUGCACCUCGGCCAGGAUUAGAUACCAUUGUAUUAGAAUUUGGCCUUUCACCUUUCUUAGACGAAUCUGUCGAAGAAACAACGGCAAAUAUAUUAAAAUGUGAUUUCUGCUUUCCUGAUGAAUAUUUUGAAUCGAUAUCAAAUAACGCCAAGGAUCUUCUUUUGAAACUUUUGUCAUUAAAAGGAGAAGACAGAGGAGUCGCUGAGACUUGUUUAACAUCUUCAUGGUUUAAAAUAACAAAAGGUGCGACAAUUCCUUCAGCAAGAAUGGCAGCAUUUAUUGAACGUCGAACACAUUGUUCUAAAUCUCAUUCAGAUGAUUGCUUCUAUUCUUCUUAA